AUGGGCGCGACCAGCAUUUUGGAUCGACUCUCAGCACUCGACACUAAUACAGUCUCGGAUGCAUUGGGUUUCCUCGGCCUCAAGGGGGCGACUUAUGGCCUCCGACCGCUCUGGGACUGUCCGAAGAUUGUCGGACGUGCCAGCACCGUGAAAGUCGGUCCUAAGACAGAUGCUGCAUCCACCACUCAUCUCCUCACAUCGGUCAUCGAUAGGGUUAAGAUCAACGAUUGCGGAAUUCGCGGAACCAUCAUCGACGGAAUGAGCCGGGACAUUGGUGGCAGCCGAGAAGUGGGAUAUUCUGUCUACGGUUGGGGAGUGACGAUGAUCAGCGCGCGGAAUCGAGUCGUGCAGCUCGACUCGGGCACUCCGCUGCAGAUGCGCGGCGUCACUGUCCACCAAGACGAUUAUGUGAUCGCCGAUCGCUGCGGAACUGUUCUUGUGCCAGCUGCGCGCAUUGAGAAGGUUUUUCAUCUGGCGGAGCGCAUCGAUCGUAGCCAGGCCCGCAUGGUCCAGGCCGUUCGCGAGGGGCACGCUGUCUCCGAAGUGAUGCACGACUCGCAAUUCAAAGCCAUUCGCGAAAUCGCUCCGGCGCAGACUCCUGCGGCAGCCGUGCCAGCUCCCGGCCACAAUCCCAAGUCGGCUAGCUGCGAAGACCAGGAACUUGUGGCGCUGUUCGCGGAGUCCGGCAGUCCUGUUGGACCGGCCUUCAAGGUCCGGUAUUUUCCUGCCAGCGAUCCACCGGGCAGUGUUGGGGACUUUAUCGAUGAUGUGGCUGUGGGGGAUUUCGUGGUCAUUGGCAAUGGCGGUCGCACGGAUUGUACAGUCUGGGGAGAUAUCAUAACCCAGUAUGCGGCUCUACGGGGCAUCUCCGGGGCUGUGAUCGACGGAGUCUGUCGUGAUGUCAACCGUGCCAUCAGCGAUUCUAGAUCAAACUUGGGAUUGCUUAAGCUUUGUCAUAGAAUAUGA